GUCGCGGACACGGUAUUACGCGUGCGCGGAGGAGUGUGGCCCUUCGCAAUGCGCAUGCGUGUCAACGGCUUCCCGCCUUCCCUCCCCAUUCCUGGAACUGAGUGGUAAAGGCCUACAGCGGAGAAAAAGGCUUUUCUAGUCGAAAAAACCCACUCAUCUCUUCUAAUCCUGUGUUCCAGCACUUGAGCAAUGGAAAGUCCACUGUACAUCACAUUUUGGUCAUUUCUAUUCUUUGAGCAGCUUUUCUUGGGUGAGGGAUCCUUCAUCCAGGUCUAUGGAGUCUCAGGUGAAGACAUCUUACUGCCCUGCAUUUUUACUGCUGCAACCAACUUCAGUCUGCAGCAGCUUGUCAUUACCUGGCAGCGGACAACCAGUAUAAUAGUGGUUCAUAGCUUCUACAAUGAGAUAAACCAUCCAGAGUAUCAGGACCCAGCAUUCAGGGGACGGACUAAACUGUUUCUCCAAGAAUUUCGCAAUGGGAAUGCUUCUCUCAGAUUAAAAGGAGCAACCACAUCAGAUAUGGGGAACUACACCUGCUUCGUGAUUCAAGAGGAUGGAAAAGGCUACAUUGAGAACUUGGUGGAACUAAAAUUGUAUGAUAAACCAAUGGUUACUGGAAGUGAUGAUAAUGCAGCUUUAAACAGACAAAGAGCGAUUUGUGCGUCUGGAUUCAUAAGUGGAGUACUGGUUGUUUUAAUUGGAGUUGGAGUUGGAUUUUCGAAAAUGCAAAAGAAGAUACAAAGUUCUGACGAGAGUGAGUAAAAUGUCGAGGAAAAAUUAAACACUUGCCAAGCGAUUUUCAUUCAAUAAC